UUUAUGGUGCCAAAGUAAGCUUUCAAAAGAUGGUGGCAGUCAUUGCUAUUUCUUCUCCAAAGUCCACACUUUUGCAGAACCCCAUCUAUUUGCAUUACCCAAUUUCAAAUUUUGUUGGUGGGUCUUUGAAGGGUCGUUUCUUGCAUCUGAAACCAAGACAACAAAGAAGAGAUUUAACCAAUUUGGUUGUGGCUUCAGCUACCCCCACUGUUACAACCAGCAAUGCUAGUGGUAGAUUUUACUUCAACUUCACUGGAUUUCCUUUCCCACUUGGUCCUUUCCUUAACAGGCGCACUAUUAGGACUGAGGCUGUGAAGGGAUGUAUAUGGCUAUUCGAACAAGAGCAGGCAUUAGGCUUCAGCAGUGUUUCAACAAACAUUAGAAUGACGGUUAUCAAACUCAAAUCUGGUGGCUUAUGGGUCCAUGCACCCAUAGCUCCAACUGAUGAGUGUAUUCAGCUUAUUAAGGAAUUGGGGGCUCCAGUUGAAUAUAUUGUCCUCCCUACUUUUGCUUACGAGCACAAAAUAUUUGUUGGUCCAUUUUCUAGAAAAUUUCCCCUUGCUCAGGUAUGGGUGGCACCAAGGCAAUGGAGUUGGCCAUUGAACUUACCAGUGGAAUUCCUUGGCAUUUUUCGUGCUAAAACCUUGAAAGAUGAGGAUUUAUCCACUCCUUGGGCUGGUGAAAUAGAGCAAAAGGUUCUAAGCUCACCAGAAGUUGGAAUCGGGCCCUAUGUGGAGGUAGCUUUCUACCACAAGCCUUCAAGAACACUUUUGGUGACAGAUGCUGUUAUUUUUGUCCCAAGACAGCCACCUGAGUGUAUAAACAAAGAAUCCCUUUUAGCAUCUGCAAAAAAUGGCUUGGCUGUAAAAAUUCUUAGUAAAGGAAAGGAGGUACCUGAUGAACCAGUAGUUGACAACAAUAGAAACCGGCAAAAAGGAUGGGAAAGAAUGGUCCUACAAAUCUUGUUUCUUGGACCAUCAAAUCUUUUAGAACCUAAUGCUAGCUUUGCACAGAUGUCACAGAAGUUGAUUGUUUCACCUAUUGUGAAGACACUGGUCUUCAGCAAAGUUCCUGAAAAGGUCAGAGACUGGGUUGAUAGCAUUUCUAGAGACUGGAGGUUCAAGAGAAUUAUCCCUGCUCACUUUGCUGCUCCAAUAAAUGCAAGCAGGUCUGAUUUUCGGGCUGCAUUUGCAUUUUUAGAUGAGUUUUUGGUUGAACAAAAUGCUACUUGGCCUUCACUUUCUCUUCUGUUCUCAUCAAUCAUGGGAAAAGCAGCUAGCUAUUUUCCUCCUGAUGACAUGAGGACCUUGUCAUCCCUUGACCAGUUUUUAGUCUCAGUUGGAGCAGUCAAGAAAACUGUUUCAGGCAGGAAGAGGUAAUGACAAGUGCAUAACAACUUGGCCUCCUAAUACUUGUUAACUUUGAAAAUUUGAAACAUGUAUAAUUUUGUUACAUUAGGAGCUUGAUUCUCAAUGAAAAAGAUGUAAAAGUUUCAUGUA